CAGCACUGGUGCCUCCCCACUCAUUUCAUGCCCCCACCAAGCAAGCAGCUAAUCAUCAGCUCUGCCCAACCUGUGUCAGCCUGGCAGCGAGGCUGAUAAAAGCCACUUCUUCCAUAGCCCUUAUCAUCCCUGGGGUGAGGCUGGGUUUGUUUUAGCCUCGUCAGAACUGGACCGAUGUCAGGCUGCCCGUGCCCACAGAUGCCGAGCACAGCCCUUGCCCCGCCGGCUCCUCUCCCACCUUCUGGCUCUGGGAUGCUCCAGUUCAAUCCCAGUUUGCAAAGACGGGGGGUGAGUCACAGGUGUGGCAGGGGAGGCAGACACCUAGGUCUUGCUCUUUGCUGUUGCUCCAUUACCCACAGAAAGCCAUGGUGGUGAAGCCCUGGUGAGAUCCACCACAGUAACAGUGCCCAUCUCUUUCCAGUGCAUUUGCAGGUCUUCAUCAGCGCGAGGCUGGCCCUGCUCUGCCUCAGCAUCCUCCUGAGCUGUGCCAUGUGCUGGCAGCACCGGUGGCAUCCAGGUCCCGUGGUAACGGUGGAGCUGGGACGUGCUGUGCCUGCCAGGAUGGUGCCAGUACCCAUCCAAGGGACCUACAAGGAGAUGGCAGGAGAGGUGCUGGAUGCCCAGGGGCAGGAGGGUCCCCUGGCAUCACCAGCAUCCUACGGGAGGUUGCUCCAUGGCAAAGCCUCCUUGGAGAGGAGGGAGAACGGCAGCACCAAUGCACCAACUCCAGAGCCAACCUCCUCUGCAACGAGGAGAGCCCACUGGGGCACCCCAUCCUGGGACCCCCUGCCCUGCUGCCCUCCAGCACCAGCACUACGCAGCGUCCCCAGCUCCACUGUGACUUGUUCUACUCGCCGGCCAAGGCCAUGCUCACCGUGAUGGUCCUCGGCGUCUCCCACCUGCUCAAGGGGCUGCAGGGCAGCCGGGGCUCCUAUGUAAAGGUGUACCUGCUGCCACGGCUCCUGGUGUCCUGGCAGAUGGUGUUGCAGUGCAGCAGCCUCCACCCUGUCCGCCAGGAGCCAUGCCGGCUUGGCCGGUACAGCCUGGAGGAGCUGAGGAGCUUCACCCUGCGUUUUGCCAUCUACGCCAGGUUUCGCAGCCUCAAGGGCUCCUUCGUGGGAGAGGUCCUCUUCCGCUGCGCUCAGGCCAUCUGGGAUCCCCAGCCAUCUUCCAGCUACAGCUGGGAGCUGCUGAGCACCAAAACCCAGCUCAGGAAGUGCCUCAGCGCCCAUGACACAACCCGCAGUGUCCUCUCCUCCCCACCCAAAGCCCUCAGCCAUCUCUUACUUGUCCCCCAGUACCAAGCUCAGUCACAUCAAGGUGCUGGUCUGCAAGGCAGAGCAGCUGGGCUGGCUCUCACGUGUGCCAGGCACGCCAGGCCAAUACGUCAUCAUCCACCUUUACCACAACGGCCGUAUCAUCAGCACCAAGGAGACCAAUUCCACCACCAGCUACAACCCCGUCUGGAACAUGUCAUUCCUCUUCAACCUCCCGGCUGGGGACAUCCAGCAGCAGGACUUCUCCUUGGAGUUCACCAUCAUGCAGGCUGACAUCUACCCCCACAGCUCCCCGCUGGGCCGCGUGAGGAUGGGUCCCCGCGCCCCUGGGGCCAGGCUGCUGCACAGCAGGGAGAUGUGCAAAGGGGGACAGCUGGAGUCGGGGUGGUGGCACCGGCUCCAGUCCGAUGCCCUCAGACCCUGAUCCUGCCCGCAGACCCCAAGGGGGAUUUCCAAGCCUGGGAGAGGUGAAGUCUCAGCCCGCAUAGUGUCAUGGGGGAAGUCUGGGCUCCAUCUCCAUGAUCAGAGACUGGUGGUGGUCAGCACAACCCCCUUCUGAAUGGCUCUGGAGGGGAACGAGCCCAUCUGAGAUGGCUUCAGCCUCAGGGAGAGAAGAGGAACCUUUCUCUGCUAUGUCCACCAGAUGCCCGCUUGGUGCCUGCACCUGGAGUGAGCCCUGAGGGCCUGAAACCUUGGCUGUGGGAGGAGAUGGGUGGGAAGAUCACCCAACUGGGAGACUGGCCCCGUGGCCACCAUGGUGGUGGUAU